UCAAAACUUUUCCCGCCUUUUCCAAAAGUUUGGAACACAAUCUAUUACAUUUUCUUUGAACUAAUUGCUACUAUACAGCAUGAGAAACUGUGCUCUUCAUGCUGCAUGUUUCAAUUAUUUUCCGCUAGAUGUCCCGGAAAACAAAAACAUAAUAAAAAUAUACUUGGUUAACUACUGAUUGAUUGAUGUCGUUGAUCGAUUAGAAAAGCUUUUUGGCUAAAAAUAACCUUAUUGCACUAUGUCCUGUCAGUGACCAUGCGGUUCAUUGAAGAUAAGAACGUCAGUUUUGAACAUGCUCGAACGUCAGAAGAGCUCGGACGGUACCUCGUAGCGGCCCGGGACUUGGCUCCAGGGGACCUUGUCCUGACUGAAAGACCCCUGGUCUUCGGACCCAAGAGCCAGCCCAAUCCUGAGGCCGCCGUGCCGUGUGUGGGGUGCUAUAAACUGGUAACCGCUGAUGCUGGCGAGAGAUGCUCAAGAUGCGGCUGGCCCGUGUGCUCCGGUCAUUGCCCUGGUCUGACCAACUCCAGGCACCACGGGGUCGAGUGUCACAUCCUCAGCGUCCGCCCUGAAUGUGUGCUGGAUAAUAUAGCUGAUUACUACAGAUAUGACGCACUGCUCCCCCUAAGGUGCAUGUUGCUGCAGAUAGUAGAUCCUGAGAAGUGGAAGAAACUGUCCGACAUGCAGUCACACAUGGAGUGUCGACUGCCUGGAAGUGAAGCUUAUGAUGAAGCCAAUGAAUUCAUUGUAGAAUAUCUUAUGAAUAACUUUAUCAACAAACUUGAAAACAAUGUCAAAAAGAAAUAUUUCCCUGACAUUUCUGCGGAAUUGGUCCACAAAAUGUGCGGCAUCAUCGAUACCAACGCCUUAGAAAUUCGGGUGCCUGAUGGCGUUGAAUUAUUGGCCUUAUUCACAAAUACAUGCAUAAUGGAACACAGUUGUAUACCUAAUACGAAACACACGUUUACACAGUUCGCUAAAGAUAAAAACGACUUGUAUAGAAUUACAGUCAAAGUUGUUGUACCAGUCGAAAAGGGUAAUCACAUUACAACUAUGUACAGUCACGCUUUAUGGGGGACACAAGCAAGGAGGCAACACUUGAAAGAUACUAAAUAUUUCGCUUGCAGAUGUCUUAGAUGUAGUGACCCCACGGAAUUUGGCACAUAUUUGAGUGCUAUGAAAUGUCUAGGAGAUGGAAAUCAAGUUUGCGAUGGAAUUCAUCUGCCAGAAGAUCCUUUGGAUGACGAAACAGAUUGGGCUUGUAAUAAAUGCUCGAUAAAAGUUAAUAAUUCUCAAGUGAAUAUGAUUAUAACGCAAAUGGGAGAAGAAGUGGAAAACGUGCAAAUGAUUGGUAUUUCAGUUACAAUGCUGGAAAACCUCCUUUGCAGAUUGUCAACAUUUUUACAUCCAAAUCACUAUCAUUUAUAUUCUAUUAAACAUUCAUUAAUACAACUUUAUGGAAGGCAGCCCAAUUAUAUGUCAGAAGAAAUAUUAGAUAAGAAAAUAAAAAUGUGUAAAGAUUUAAUUGCAAUAACUAAAAUAUUGGACCCUGGUAAUUCUAGACUUAGUUUAUAUAACGCUGUGUUACAACACGAGCUUCACUCAGCAUUAUUAUGUAAAGCGAAGAAGGUUAAAUGUGAUGGAUCUAUGGAGACCGUAGGAAAAAUAAAAUAUUUGAUGAUUGAAGCUAAGUCAGCCAUAGAAAUUGCAUUAGAUUCAUUAAAAGAUGACAUAGAAGAAACUUCAGGGAAAAAGCUUUUUAAAGUAAUCGUUAACAGUAAAAAGGAUUUCGAGAAGUUUUGUAAAGAAAAUAAAGGUUAUUUUUAGAAUUAUUUAUUAUAAGGAGUAAUUAAG